UCGGCGGUGUGUACGCAGCUGGUUAUUCAGUUCAGGCUCCCGAGCCAUGUGUGGGAGCUGAGGAGAGGUGACCAAGAAGGCGCGACAGGAGGCGCCGUCGGCGCUGCACUAGCGGGUCUCAGGCUUGGGGGCGGCGCACCCCGGGUGACCGGCACCAAUUGGGGAUCGGGAGCUCCGCCCCCGGAGUCCGAUGGCGGCGGCCGUGCGCAGGGAGCCGCCUCAGGCCAGUGUGACCUUUCACGAUGUUGCCGUGUACUUCUCCUGGGAGGAAUGGAGGCUCCUUGGUGAGGCUCAGAGACGCCUGUACCAGGAUGUGAUGCUGGAGAACUUUGCCCUCAUAUCCUCACUGGGUUGCUGCUGUGGAGCAGAAGAUGUGGAGGCUCCCUUUGAGCAGAGCAUUUCUGUAGGUAUCUCACAGGCCACAACUCCUGCAGCUUCAUCUUCUCAGAAGACCCACCCCUGUGAGACGUGUGGUACAGUCUUGAGAGACAUUUUCUACUUGGCUGAGCAGCAGGGAACACAACGCAGCCUGAAACUGUUGAGGUGUGGGGCUUGUGCAAAACGAUUUUAUUUCAGUGCAAACAUUCACGAGCACCAGGAGCAGCACGUGGGAGAGAAAUGUUUCAGAAGCAGUGUGGACAGGACCUCAUUUGUGAAGAACUGCAGAUUCCUUGUGUCCAGGAAGCCCUUUUCCUGGGAGGAGGUUGGGAAGGACUUCCUGACCAGCUUGGGACAUCAGCAGACACAGGCCACUCACAUCAGCAAGAAGCCAAAGGAAAUCACCCAGUGCACGGCCACGUUACCAGGCAGAAAGAGUCAUUACACCUGGGGAGAAUGCAAGAAAGCCUUCAGUCCCAAAGGCACACUUGUUCAGGACCAAGGUGUCCACGCUGGAAGACAGUGUUUUGUAUGCCCUGAAUGUGGGAGAACAUUCAGGUACAAAUCCUCAUUUGUUGUGCACCAGAGAGUCCACACUGGAGAAAGGCUUCAUGUAUGUGGAGAAUGUGGCAAAUCUUUUAGGCAAAGCUCAACCCUAAAUCAACAUCAAAGAAUUCAUACUGGGGCAAGGCCAUGCAAAUGCAGCAAAUGUGGGAAAUCCUUAAGCCACCAAUCUGUCCUCUUUCAUACCCGGAGAAAUCGAAAUGGAAAGAACAAUUACGUGUGCAGUGAAUGUGAGAAAUCUUUUAGCCAUAGCUCAGUGUUCAUUCAACACAGGAAAGUUUGUUCUGGGGAAAUGUCUUAUAAGUGUAGUGAUGGUGGGAAAUCUUUUACCUCUAGGUCUGCAUUCAGUUAUCAUCAGAUUUCUCACACAGGAACUAGGCCUUAUGAGUCCACUAAAUGUAGGAAAUCCUAUAAGGAUAGAAGCCAAUUAAAUCAACAUCAGACAACUCACAGUGGAGAAAGGACUUAUGGGUGUACAGAAUGUGGGAAAUUCUUUAAUCGAAGAAAUAACCUCAUUUUACACCAGAGAGGUCACACAGGAGAAAAGCCUUACAAGUGUAGUGACUGUGUGAAAUCUUUUACUUGUAGCUCUGCCCUCAGUUAUCAUCAGAGAUCUCACACAGGAGAAAGGCCUUAUGAAUGCAAGGAAUGUGGGAAAUCUUUUACUUCUAGGUCCAGCCUUCGUUAUCAUCAGAGUACUCACACAGGAGAAAGGCCUUAUAAGUGCGGUGAAUGUGGGAAAUCUUUUACCACUAGCUCUGGCCUCCGUUAUCAUCAGAGGAUUCAUGGUGGAGAAAGGCCUUAUGAGUGCAGCGAAUGUGGGAAAUGUUUUGUCUUUAGCUCCCAACUCCGUUAUCAUCAGAUAGUUCACACUGGAGAAAGGCCUUACGAGUGUAAUGAAUGUGGGAAAUCUUUUAGGAACAGGUGGAAGCUCAUUAUACACCAGAGAGUUCACACAGGAGAAAAGCCUUAUGUGUGCAGUGAAUGUGGAAAGUCUUUUACCUAUGGCUCCAUCCUCUGUUAUCAUCAAAGAGUUCACACUGGAGAAAGGCCUUAUGUAUGCAGGGAAUGUGGGAAAUCUUAUACUGCCAGCUCUAGCCUCCGUUAUCAUCAGAGAUCUCAUACUGGAGAAAGGCCUCAUGAAUGCGGUGAAUGUGGGAAGUCCUUUAAGGUUAGAUCACAAUUCAUUAAACACCAGAGAGUUCACACUGGAGAAAGGCUUAUGAGUGUAGUGAAUGUGGGAAAUCCUUUAGUCAAAAACCACACCUCUCAACACACCAGAGAGUUCAUAAUAGAGAAGGGCUUUAGGAAUGCAGCUAACAUGGAAAAUCUUUUCACUUCUAGUCCCAGUGUCCAUUGUCAUCAGAGUUCACACAGGAGAUAGGCCUCAUGAGUGCAGUGAUUGUGGCAAGUCCUUUAGCCAAAAAUGUUCCCUCCCACUGGAGAAUUCAUGAUACAGAAUGGCCUUAUGCACACAGUGAAUGUGGGAAACGUUUAUGGGGAAAUCUACUCUCACUCUACAUCAGAGAGUUCAAACUAGAGAAAGACAUAGAUGUACAGGGGUUGUGCAAUUCCCUGGUUUGGUGUAAAGACAUCAGAGGAGACCAAGGAGCCAUUUGUCUGAAUUGAAUCUUAUACAUCUGAACAUGCACAGUGGGGAGAUUCCCAUAAGUUGUGGGAAGCAUGUGUGGUAUGUUGCAUUUUCCAGUCUGUUUAGGGCUCUUGCCACAUUUAUGUCUGUGCCAGUUUCUGCAGCCAAAGCCAUUUCACCUUUACCACUUGGCAGGUCCACAGUGUGCAUCAGUCACCACCCCACUGUGCUCAGGGAAGCUGACCUCUGUUCUCUCAGGAAUUAGAGCAAAUUAGCAAUAAUGUGAGCCCAUACGGGGUCAGCUUUCCCUCUUCCUAGACUCAGUUGGGCAUGGAUCUGUGUCAUUGUUGACUCAAGGAACAUCAUGUGAGUUCAGCUGGCAGCUUUUUCAAAACAACUGUGUUUUCCUGGGCAUGUUGGUCUCAUGUGAUAACUUGUGAUGAGUUUCUCCAGCUUCCUAGUCAUGAACUGGAGACCUGCCUGCCACACGUUGCUUUGUUUUGUACACUAAUGAAGGCCUUCCUGUUUAAGUCUUCUUUAAUCUUGGGUGUCUCUCACUGUGUGGGGUAGUUUUAAACAGAUUUGGGCUCUACAAGCCUGAAGGGAAAACAGUUUUUAAGGGUCUCAAACUUUUUAAGGAGAUGGUAGAAAAUAAAUAGCCACUUUUGACCAAAUUUCCAUUGCUGCCCACAGCCUCCCAGGAGAGACUGCAGGGCUUUCUGGUCCUCAUUUGAGGCCUGGAUGCUGUGUGUUCCAGGAGUCUCAGUGAUGACCGUGGGGAGAGGGCUGGUGUGAGAACCUCAAGUGCAUCUGAGAGCAGCGUGAAUUACUUCCCUUCCUCACAGGAGGUCUCACAGGGAUGACAGGACUGUGGAGGGGAUAUUUUCCCCAGAUCUACGAAGAGCCGUGUGCCCUGAUGUCCAGAGUUCAUUCGGGGAGGGUCACUGGUUGUAACACCAUUGAGUCCAAGAGAAACCUGGUAAAGAAAUACUGGCCUAACUGGGUGGAGGAGACUGCAGCCAACUAGAUCGAAUGUGCGUCUCUAAAAGUGCAUCCAGAAAUGGUUCUGGGACAGUGACUGUGCAGGAACAGUUUGUACGCAAAUCUCAGCACUGCCAGCCAUGUUUAUCUUGUGUAGCUGAAGACAUUGUCGUCAAAAAUAAAAGAGUUUUGUGGAUUUCUGUAGCCUCUCGGUGCUGUUCAUCUCACAGCCAUUGCUGCACAGGCAGGAAAGAAGGGGGAUCCAUAGUCCAGGGAUGUUGCUCUUAUGACCCGGGCAGCGUUCCUGUUGACUUGAAUGGACAUCUCCUUCAUUGCUCCCCAUAUUUGUUGUCACUGAAGGAAGACUGACCCUCAGAGGACAUGAGGAGACAGAUGGCAGAGUCAAUAUGGGGUUGGUAAACCUAUUUUCCAAAAAGAGUGGGACAUACAGGUAUUUUAUAUUGAGCCAAUUUUAAACAGUUAUUACGGUAUAAUUUACAUGUACUAAACUGCUUGUGUUUAAAGCAUACAAUUUGAUAAGCUUUGACCUAGGUAUGAACAUCUGAAACCAUCAUCAUAGUCCUCAGAAUGACCUAAUCUGUCUCGGUAUAUUUACCUCACGUCCUAUCAUAAUCUCUCCUCGCCCUUCUCACCUCUCCAGCUAACCAUUCAUUUACUUUCCUUACAAUAGAUACUUUUACCUUUUCUUGAAUUUAUAUGAUUGGAAUCAUAAGACUAGUUUAGUCUGUUUUUUUAUUGAUUUCCUUUAUGUUUCAUAAUUGGAGAUUUACCAAUGAUGUUAUAUGAGUAGUUCAUCUUUCUUGUUGCUAAUAUUCUUAUCUUUGGAUAUAUACCACUGUUAGUUUAUCCAUUUAUGUGUUGAUGGUUAUCUUUUAGGUUAUUCCUGUAUUUUGACUAUUGAAAAUAAAGCUGUUAGAAACAUU